AUGUUUCGCAACCGAAACAAUAGCCAGAAGCCCGAUGAUGACUUCAUCAGCCGCUUCCAACAGACAUUUCAAGACGUUGUUCCCCGCCGUGAUAGCGAGGGGUCGGUUAACUCAGGCGACCCUUUGAUGACCGGAAGGUACGCGGAUUCUACUCCAAGACCCUGGAGAGCGGAGGCUGAUAUGGCGAACGGCGGAUACAGACCGACAAUGCAAACCCACGACAUAAAAUUGGAGGACCCCAAUAUGAAAUUUACGAAUGAGCGCACUCCCCGCAAUCUUCAAGACCUCAACUUCUCGCCCACUUGGAUGGAUCCAGGAUCAAUGCAAAUGAUGUCUCUGGCUGGUCAACAUCCUGGUUUUUAUACCCCCAAUUCCGGUGGAAUGGGUGCCAUUUUCCAUAAUCAAGCAGGUGAUUUGCAUACACCAACCGUCGGCUUGCACACGAUGACCCCGCUCUCUCUUUCAAACCAUGUUCCACCUCCUCAGCAACAUGGAAUGGACCAAUUCAACCAACAUUACAUGGCUCAGCAGAUGCCCGAUAUGAACCCUUACAUGCAACAACCGUCAUAUGCACCUAGUGCAUUCAUGCAGCGGGGCGGGUACGACGUUAUGGAUGAGACGGUCGAUGAUUCGUCAUUGAAUGAAUUCCCAAUCGACCAGGCUUCGGAUAUCUCCAAUAUGACUACCUCAACGGAAUUUUCGGCUCGUAAUGGUGCUGCCAAUCCAAUGGGUGUGUCAUAUGCUGGUGAGAAAUUCCGUUAUAAUGUUUCUUUACGUGCUCCAACUGCGAUGGUCAAGCAUAAAAGAGAGGUUCCCGUUUCAUAUCUCAAUAAGGGUCAAGCGUAUAACUUAACAGUUAUUGAUUCAACACCGCCAAUGACCAAUUCCGAGCCACUCAGAUACCGAACGUUCGUCCGUGUUUCAUUCGAGGAAGAAGAGCAAAGAUUGAAACCAGCCGCCUGUUGGCAGUUGUGGAAGGAAGGUCGAGGCACAACAGAAUCCCAUCAACGUGGUGGUAAACUUCUGGCUGUGGAAUACGUUGAUCCUCUCCAAGGAGGCGAGGACCAUAAAAACCGUCAACUUCAAAUUGAGCAAAUGUCUUUCGAUGGAUUCUGCGUGACAUGGACCGCCAACCCCGCCACUGGUACCUCCGACUGCAGUAUCCCCGUGCGAUUUAACUUCUUGUCUACCGAUUUCAGUCAUUCUAAAGGUGUGAAGGGUAUUCCGGUACGACUGUGCGCGAAGACCGAGCUUCUCUCUCCAGGUGAAGAGGCCGGUAGCCUGCGCGCGUCGGAGGUUUGUUACUGCAAGGUCAAGCUCUUCCGAGACCAUGGUGCGGAACGGAAGCUAUCUAACGAUAUUGCGCACGUCAAGAAGACGAUUGAGAAAUUGAAGCAGCAGGUCGCCCAGGCUGAAUUGGGAGGUGGAUUUGGAAAGCGCAAGCGGGGUAGCAAUGCUGCAGCCAGCAUGAAAACCGCCGAUCGAUCCAAGCAGUCUACAAAGCAUAAGCGCAGUUGGUCAAUUGGGUCCCAAGAUGGAUCGGAUAAGUUGUCAUUGGAAGAUGACCUGCAAGCCAAACUGGCUAUGAUGCAGGACAUGUUCUCGUCUACUCGCUCUGUCAGCAUUUUGGCUCUCCGUGGUGAAGAAGACGAUGAUCCCGAUCUCUACCCUGUCCGAUUACCCGCGGAAGGUGAUUUGGUUAAACCGGACCCUCUCUUACGGCAUAAUCACAGCGCUGCGCAGUCUAUGGAGUCUUUGAUCCUCUCACCAACCAGCAGCAAUGCUUCCUUGAACUCACCGCGUUUAUCCUCUGCACAGUUUAUGAAGGACCGAAAUGCGACUGCUAUUCCUCGAGUAGCAUGUGGAGAUCGCGUUUCGCAAGGUUUCAUAGAGGCUGUGGAUAUUGACCCAACCUACCGUCCCCCUGCGGAUCGGCCGCCUAAGCCAAUUGCAUGCUUUUAUGUCCGCUUCAUGGGGAAUGAGGUCCAUCCACUGGAGUACUACCGUGCCAUCUAUUUGACCGAGCGUACGGUCCGAGACCUGAUGAAGAAGAUUUCCGAGAAGCGUCACAUCGACCCAUCACGGAUUGUUCGCAUAUUACAUGUCAAUGAGGCCGGACUCCGCAUCAUGGUCGACGACGAUGUGGUCCGUGAGUUACCAGAAGGCCAAGACAUGAUUGUCGACAUCUAUGAAUCUUCGAAUACUGAAGUCUCAUCUCCUGAUUCGCCUGGCUCCCCGGUGGAGAUCAAAUUAACAUAUUAA